UCAGCUGCGCCGAAAAAAAAAUCAGGUAGACCAACCAAACAGAUCGUUUAUUUUAGUUGAAAUUAAAAUUAUUCGUAUGUAACAAGUAAAUUUCAAUAAUUACAAAUUCAGUAGUGUCCGUAAUGAAUAUUAAAAAUAUUUAAAACUAUUUCCCGAGGAUUAGUCAUGAUAUUUAGUGAAGUUUCAUAAAGAAAUCGCAUGUUUCUCCUGUAACAGUUUGUGAGACAUUUCAAGAUGGCAGUCGACCAGGAAGUAAUGCAAAGUAUGGCAAAUGCACUAAGCACCCUAACUAUAUUAUCAUGUUUGUUCCUUAAAGUGCCACAAAUUUUAUAUAUCUGGAAAAGGAAGUCUGCCGAAGGUAUAUUUCUUCAGGCUAUGGUCAUGGAAGUUUUUGGAUUUUCAAUAAUGACUCUGUACAACUAUACCAACCAAUACAGUCUGAUGACAUAUCUGGAGUAUCCAAUAAUUCUUGUACAAGUAUAUGUGAUGUUUUAUUUAGUGUUGAAAUACCAAAACAAAUUGAAAAUGCCCAUAGUACCUAUUGGAACUAUGGCCUACUGUCUUGGUGUGUUCGGAUUUGUGUUGAACAUACUUCCAAAAGAAAUUCUCUCAUUUAUUGUGCCGUUCUGCACUCCAUUGAGUGGCUUCGCCAAAGUGACGUACAUAUACGGUAUUAUAAAUGCGGGCAACGCGGACGCCAUAUCACUUACAACGUGGAUCAUCUCCGUUGCUACUAAUCUCGCUCGCAUUUUCACUGUAUUCGUGGACUCCGCGGACAAAUGUUUGAUGAUGAACUUCAUUAUAUCAACCAUGCUCAGUUCCGGUGUGCUGGCCACGGCAUUAUACUAUCAACAGCAAUCUGCGCCAUCGUACCAACCUAGGAGGAAGUCUGCAUGCAGACAUAGACAUUCACAUAGCCAUAAUGAUUAAAUACUCACCCUCAGUUGCACUAGUGAACUUUGAGGUUAACUUUAACCUGUGCGGAUAAAGUACGCGAUUUUAUUUCAAGUUAAUGUCAAAGUUGACUGGUGCAACCCACUCUUAGCCUCAGUUGCACCACUUUGACGUUAACUUCACACUGUGCGCCGCAGAUUAGAUAAAAUGGUGAACUUGGUGUUGUUUUGAGCUGGUUAAAGUUACCGUCAAAGUUGACUGUUGCAACGCUCUCCUACAGUUUUACUACAAAAUAAUGUCUAAUCUUAAACACUGGUUAUUCUUAUAGUGGGUCUUUAGACUUCGUAUUGUAGCAAUACCUAUAUAUAAUAAUAUCUUUAUGUUAUAAAACAUAAGAUCAAAGUAUUGAAACGCAAAUUGUGGAUAAAGAUUUACUCCGGGCUUGAUAUCGUUUUGUGUGCGUAGUGCAAAUCGCAGUCAACCAAAAUGGAAAAUGAUCUUUUUCAGAUUGACCUGGGUCUUGGAUGUUUGUCUAUAUAUGUUAUAAAAUAUAGUCGUAGGUGAAAUGCAUAAAUGCAUACCGCCACUGACCAGAGACAAUAUACAAUUUAAAGGGGCCGGCACAUCAUACAUUUCGUAUAUACCGAUAUAAUAUUCAAAGCGUGAAAUUUCCGAUUUAAAUCAAAUUUUAUACUCCCUUAAAAUUAUAAUGCCGUUUUGUUCGUACGUACAAAAUGUAAACCGAAUAAUUUUUAGAUGCGUAAGUUUUGAAAAAGAUAGAAACUUAUUUGUUUAUGAUAUGUCUUGAAAUAUUCACGAUUUAAAUAUUAUUUUGAUAUUACGUUGGCAUGCUCCAUAGACCACACGAUUAAAUAUAUAUAUUAUAGUGUUAACCUGAGUUUUACAAUGUAUUAGUGGUAUAAGUUUGUGCAAACUAUGUUCCGGUUAUAGCUUCCUAGUAUUCAGCUAAGUACAAUACGUACAUUAUGUGGUUAAAAAAGGUCUGAUUGUGUAUGGAACCAGAUGGCUGCUCAAUAAAUUCCAUGUGGUUCUUUCGUUUUUUCUUGUUCGAGAUAUCGAGAAAUUGUAGAUCUAGUCUUUAUUAUAAGCAUCUGUUAUUAAUAGCUAUAAGAAAAUUUCGUUAUAGAAAUAGUGUAAUAUAAAUUGUUGAAUGUAUUCAUGAAUUUGGUAGUCUAAAUGCAAAAUUACAAUCUCAGUGAAACUAGUCAUUCACAUAUUUAGAGAAACCCUUCAUUGAACAUAUUAAAGAUAAAACGUACAAAAAAGUUGAAAGAAAUUUAAAUAAUAAUAUACUUAUGUAAUAUAAGAGAUACAUAAAUGCAUUGCAAUGCUACUGCUAGCAUAUGUGCUUGUUAAUUAACAAAAACCAAUUUAUAUACUAAUAUAUACUAAAAAAAGUCAAAUAUAAUUUAUAUUUGAUUUUUUUUAGUAUAUACUAAAAAAAGUCAAAUAUAAUUUAUAUUUGAUUUUUUUUAGUAUAUAUUAGUAUAUAAAUUGGGUUUUAUGUGUAUCAUUAAGAUGUGGUGUUAAAAAUGCUAGAAAAACCUCAAUUUUAUGAUGUAUAUUGGAUCUUAGCAGACUAUUGUAAAAGUAUUGUAAUAUUUGAAAAUGGUAUGUCUUUUUUAUUGAAAUGGAAGUACACUAUAAAAAUCUACAUCUUUUCGGUGUCCAUGGGCUGCAGUGUUUUGCUUACCAUCAGGCAGACCGCACGCUUGUUUGUCCACUGCUAGAAAAAUAAAUUACUUUUCAUGUGCAGAUACUUUUCAAUUUUCAAAAAGUUUAUUUACAAUUUCAAUAAGAGAAAGGUAUUACCUAAACAUUUUUUUUAAUGAUCAUCUUGUAUAUGUCAGAAUAAUAUUAAAAACACAGAAAUUGUGUAAACCGUUUACAUGAUCACAAUUUUUUCUAUAGUUUACAAUCUCGCGAGGCAUAUUAUGAUCUAACGAUGUUUAUUUGGCAAAACGUCUGUGGUUUAUGCAAGUCGGUAAAUUUAUAUUUAGAGCAAACAAGAAGUGUUAGAUUUUGUUAGCCUAGCUUUUUAGUUUGCGAACUUAGAACGCGAGGAAAUAAAUUUUAAUAUAUUCCAGUUCCCGUGGGAAUUUUUGAAAAUUAAUUUAAGAGGGCACCCUAUAAUCUCAAAGAAAUCCACAUACCUAAUUUAAACGUUCUAUACAGUUGACUGAAAGUCGGCCACGGAAGAAUUUUAUACAUUAUAUGGAUAUAUUCAUAUUUAUUAUUAUUAUGGUUACUAAGUGUAUCCCGCGACUUUGCUUCCGUGACAAUUUCGGGAUUCUAAUAGAGACUACACAUUAUUUUAUUCAAUCGGCGUUCCAGGCGAAAAGUUAUUGUAUUUCAAAUAAAAAAAAUCUCGUAUAGUAUUUAACCGUAGUAUUUCAUUUAUUAAUUAUGUAAUCUUUGACAGACAAUUAUUUGGUGUUAUGAAUUUGAAGUACAAACUAUGUUCAUUUUGUAUCAAAUACCUAUACAAUUUUAAAAGACAUAAUUUUUUAUAAUAUUAUGGUUUGUUGAAGUUAUUACUUAUUUAUUACCUAUAUUUAAUAAAUCAAUUUUACAAUAAUCCAA